UUAGCUAGCUUAGGGUUGAUCUUCAGACUGUUAGGGAAUAUUGCUAUCAUUAAUGCAUGAAGAAAAAUUACAAAAGCUAAAGUUAAACAAAUUAAUUUAUUGGGAGACAAAAGUGAGCACAGUGGCUGAUGUUACUAUUAUUCUUGAGAUGAAAUGUCAUAGUCGUUCUUUGAGGGGCAUACUUUCUCCUUCUCUUCCUGUUUAUUAAUUGUUCAUUGGUUAUUAUUACACUUUGUCUUUUGCUCUUUCUCCUUCUUCUCCACUAAAAUUUUCUUUUUCAAUUUUUACAUUUUUAUUUGGUUGUUUGGUUUCUUUAAAUUCUCAGCCUCUAUACAAAUCUUUCUCAAUUCUUCUUGAAAUUAGGGUUUCCCCUUUCUCUGAGAGGGCUGUGCACCUAAAUUAUCCCUCCCAUUGACUAAAGAGUUAAGCCUAUUACAUCUACUUUGGAAACAAAUUUCAAAGGUAAGAAAAAGCCAUUGAAAGAGGAAGAAAGAUACACUUAGAUCCUCAAAGAACCUAAAGAUCUAAAGGUCUAAAAAUUCAAAAAGACAUGGCGUCGUCAUCAUCAAAUACAUAUAACUCACCAUGCGCCGCGUGCAAGUUUCUUCGCCGCAAAUGCAUGCCGGGAUGCAUAUUCGCACCAUAUUUCCCACCGGAGGAGCCACACAAGUUCGCCAACGUCCACAAAAUCUUCGGAGCGAGCAACGUCACUAAGCUCCUCAACGAACUCCUCCCUCACCAGCGUGAAGACGCAGUCAACUCCUUAGCCUAUGAGGCCGAGGCACGUGUUCGUGAUCCUGUCUAUGGCUGCGUUGGAGCCAUCUCUUAUCUCCAGAGACAAGUCCAUAGGCUUCAGAAGGAGCUCGACGCAGCUAAUGCUGACUUGGUUCACUACGGUCUGUCCACUUCAACACCUAGUAACGUCGUCGACUUGGUGUUUCAGCCUCAGCCACUUCCACAGCAGCCGCAGCAGGUAAACCCGGUUUAUAGGCUUCCCGGGGCCAGUCGUGGUACCGGAGGGUCGUGUGGGACUUUUCUUCCUUGGAACAAUGGUCAUAAUCAGCAAGGAGGUAACAUGUGAGAGAGUAUAUAAAUUGUGUGUGUGUUCCAUCUAUUCAUCUCUCUCUAUCUUUCUAUAUUGUCAUUAUGUGUGUGUGUGUGUGGUAAGAAUACAUUAUAAUAAGCUAGAAAUUUUUCUAGCAAACAUUUAUAAAUGCAUUGUGUUAUUUA